AUGAUUGGUUCCCCAAAGUUGUUGCAAGCUAUCUAUGAAAAGCUCCUUAACAGAGGAGAGGAAACGCUCAGGAACUGUCUUACCAACUGGGAAGGACAGGAUGGCUUUGAAUGUGUCUAUGGAGCUCUAUUUGAGCUGUAUUGCCAUCGAAUGAUCGAAAGCAGCAAUGGGGACAAACCACUCAACAUGCGUAUGGUUUUUCGCAGCAACAACAAGAACGGCAAAACCAUCCAAGUUAAGCUACCUCAAACCAGCGGUACAAGCCGCUUCAAAUCCAAUGAUCCAGCCAUCCUUGGGGAAGAUCAGCAUGAAGAGGCUGUCACGACACUUGACAAAUACCACAGGCCCAUUUCCAGAAAUUUCCCUACUUAUGAUUCAGUCUUCUUCUUUGAGGGCAAGCAUUUUGGAGUGGACAAGCUCAAGACAAAGAAGAUCAUGCUGCUGCUGCAAAUGACUGUGUCUGGUGCAACAGGCUUGCCUUGUCGGCCAGAUCACUCCAUCAAGCAACACAUCAGAAAGAAGUUUAAAGCUGUUUUCAAUGAGAAGAUUCCUGGGUUCAAAGAGAAAGGGGAGGCUUACACUGCAUUCAUGGUCCCAACCGAGUGCUUCAAACCCUUCUUGUUCCAGGAAGAGAAAACGACUUCUGAUAGUGUAGCCAAAGUUGGUCAGCCAGAGUUCCAGCUAGUGUUUGGGGUCCCAGACGCCUUCCAUUACAAAAAGGAUCACCGCGAGGGGAAAAGCAUGCAGCGCAUGAGUUUCCUGCUGGUAAACGGAGGAAGAUGUUCCAUGAUUAUGAUGCUCAGGUUCGCUAGAUUAGAAUGCCUUUAG